UUCGUUAGUGCUAACACAUUUAGGCUACAUUGUAAUAUUCUGUAGCAUACAUAUCCAUAUUUGAUUACGCGUUAUUAUCGAAAUAUUAUAGUAUAUCAUAUUUUAAUUUUUUAUCAACGUGCACUUGGCCGCGAACGAAAAUCUAACAAGAAAAUAAUAAUAUUUUACUGUGUGUGACCUUUAUUCUGUAAGACAUGGAUUUCAAUAGAGAACAGACGAUGAAAGAGGUAAAUGUUAGUAGACUUACUGACAAUUGGGAUGUAAUAAAUGAAGGUGUAUGGCCAUCUGGAAAGUGCAUGGACAUUAAUUGUGCUUUUGGAUACACAACUAGAUACUUUCUUCUACCGGAACUUCAUAACAAAACGACAAUAAUAGGUACUGAUAGUUCGAAAACAAUGAUCGAAUAUGCAAGAGGAAAAUACAAAAAUAAUGAACGAAUCGAAUUUGAUGUUCUUGAUAUCCAAACGAAAGAAUUGCCUGCAGAAUAUAUCGGUGAAUUUGAUCAUAUAUUUUCAUUUCCCACUGUGCAUUCUCGUAAUGAUAUCUUACAAGAGUUUGAAAAUGUUUUUAAGAUGCUCAAACCUGGUGGAAAGUUUCAUCUAUCUAUGGUAACAUCUCAUGAUGCGUUUACACUAUAUGGACAUAUGGUGAAUCAUCCAAUUUUCGGCUCAUAUUUUGAGAAAUAUACUACACCAUUUAGUCAUCCUGAAAGAGAAAUAAAGCGAGCACUUCAACGUAUCGGAUUUAGCAUACACUACUGCCGUCCUAUACUAAAUAUGAAAUAUAAAACAGACUAUCUUAUACCGUAUAUUAUUUCCGGUCUUCCCUUCGUAAACGAGAUGUCAUCUGAGGAACAAGAGCAGCUCAAAAAUGAGCUUACAAGUUCGUAUAAUAAAAUAGAAAAAAGAGUCGAUAGUGUUUCUAAUGAACCAAAUGUUGACGAAUCUAACUAUCGUGAUAUAUAUGAUUUAUUGCAACUUUCUGCUUUUAAAACUCGAAGAGAUUGAUGAUAACUGUUUAAAUAUAUUAUUUACA